AUUCACACGGCAUUGACCCACCCUACACCAGCUAAUCACCGCGUUCUCUUCUAUUCUCUUCUCCGCGUAGGAAAUGGCGGCGCCUGCUCUCGUUCACACGCUCCUCUUGUGCCUAUUUGGCUCACCAUGAUCAAAUCCAACACAAAACAUCUUCUGUGCGCUGAAAAUCCAGAGAAAAAAAAUGGAAUUGGGUGGAGAAGAGUCGACGGAAUUGAAAAUGAACGACGGAUCAUAUGGGUAUGGAUAUGGAUUCGGGUACGACCGAAUGGCUCAAUGGAGUCAGCAAGAGACCAGAGGGUUCAUCGCCCUGAGAGCAAAGCUAGAACACAACUUUGUGCACACCAAGCGAAACAAGAAUCUCUGGGAGCUCGUGGCCUCCAAAAUGACGGAGAUGGGCUACCGACGCACAGCAGAUCAAUGCAAAUGCAAAUGGAAGAACUUGGUCGCUCGCUACAAGGAGACUUCCCCUGAGAUAGACCUGGGAUCUCGCCAGUGCCCAUUCUUCGACGAGCUCCAUGCCCUGUUUACUGACAAGGCGGGAAAGCGGGCUCAGAUUGAUCAAGCCGAAGAAGGGAUUUGUGGGAAGAGGAAGAACAGGGGACUUGUGAAAAUUGCAGAGGAGUGGUCUGAGGAGGGCGAGGGAGAAGAGGAGGGGGAAGAGGAGGAGGGAAGUCAGGAGGUUGUGGGGAUGGCGAAGAAGAAGAAAUCCGCAGACAAGGACAGGCUCCGCGUGACUGCAGAGAAGUCCCGGGCCAACAGCAUGAAUGAAAUUCUUGAGGAUUUCUUCAAACAGCAGCAGUUGAUUGAAAUGCAGUGGCGUGAAUCGGUGGAGUUUAGGGAGGCAGAGCGACGGGAGAGGGAGAGGGAGUGGCGGGAUACGAUGGAGAGGCUGGAGAAGGAGCGGCUGCUCAUGGAGCGGGCAUGGAGGGAGAGGGAGGAACAGCGACGGGCCAGGCAAGAUGCCCGUGCUGAUAAUAGAGAUGCCCUUCUCGCUGCUCUGCUUACCAAGCUUAUUCGCCCUGAUAUGUGAUCUCUGCUCUGCUUGCUUCCUCUGUUCCCAGUUUUUCUGUUUUUCUAUAUAGGAUUUCAGAUGGGAGAAUCAGUCAUUCAUGGCUGGCUCUGGAUUUUCAGAGAAUUGGGUCUGGAUCUUGGAAGAUAUCUGGGAAUUGGGUGUGAAAACGGUGAGGAUUUUUUCUUGUUGGUGGCGGACUGGGAAGAAAAUUGCAUGGCAUCUUCAUGGUUUGGUACUGUGUGCAUACAAUGUUUGACUUGCCUGCCUGUUGUGGCUCUUAUAGUUAUCCAUAUUUUGUACCGCUA